UGACGUGUACAACGAACGGAAGUGUACAACCGAAACUGUAACGUUGACGUAGCUAUACAUAUUUUUGUGGCUACAAUUUUUCAACUUCAGCACAGCUGUUUGAAGCAACCGAAACAAUGGAGAGUCUUUAUCAUCAGACAAACAAGCAAAUCCAUGAAGUCCAGUCCCAGAUGGGGCGACUGGAGAUGACGGAUCGGCAAUCAGUCCACUUGGUGGAGAAUGAACUCCAGGCCCGCAUCGAUCAGAUCUUCAGCCACCUGGAGCGCCUGGAGAUCCUGGCCGGCAAAGAACCUCCCAACCGCAGACAGAACGCCAAACUUCGUGUUGACCAGCUGAAAUAUGAUGUCCAGCAUCUGCAGACGGCCCUGCGGAACUUCCAGCACAGACGUUACGCCCGCGAUGCCCAGGACAGGGAGAGAGAGGAGCUGAUGAGCAGAACCUUCACCACCAACGAUGCAGAUACCUCCAUCCCUAUAGAUGAGACCCUUCAGCUGAAUUCCAGCCUGCACAACGCCCACAGAGGCAUGGACGACCUUCUGGGCAGUGGCUCCAGCAUCCUCAAUGGUCUGCGAGACCAACGAGGAACACUAAAGGGCACCCAUAAAAAGAUGCUGGACGUAGCGAACAUGCUGGGCCUAUCCAACACGGUGAUGCGGUUGAUUGAGAAGAGGGCGUCGCAGGACAAAUUCAUUAUGGUGGGCGGAAUGUUGCUGACCUGUGUCGUGAUGUUCCUGGUCUAUAAAUACCUGGCCUGACCUCUGCCACCUCACAUGACACUUGUUGACCUCGGAUCAUGACCACAUAUACGAACACUCCUGGUUAUGGACCUGACUGAAUGGUUAAAAGGCCAUUGUGUCCUUUUAGCCCCCAGAACAUGGAUUUAAAGAGUUCAAACUGGGUUUAAUUGGAACAUCGUUGACACAGUUCCUUGAACUUCCUUCAGUAUGGAGCAAGAGGACCUGCAGUUUAGCGUCAGUGACUGAAUCUCUGAAUUCAUACUUUCCCCCUUGUACUCUUUUCCUCCUUUCUUUCUUUUUCUUGUCCUCUUUUUGAUGAUCUUUCUUCCCUUCUCUCUUCCUUCUCCUCUACUCAUCUCUUAAUACUGCAUAAGAGAGCUGUGCUGCUAGGCAAAUAUUCUGGCCCAUGGUAAAACUCUGUCAAGAAACUGAACCUGCAAAGCCAGCCAGUGUAAAUGAAUGACAUGACUAGAAUAUCCUGAAGAAACGCCCCCCCCCCCCU